CACACUAUCGGCUUCGGCACUGUUGGUUGUUCGUUAUUUUUAGUUUCAAUCAGUCUUGCAACGUAGUUCUUCGGACUCAGUUUAGACGUGUUUACACGCCGAAUGAUAAUUCUACCAACCUUUUUAUAGGCACUAAAAACAUUUAUUUAAAUUAUUUAAAUAAAUGUAUGGUACCAUUAAAUAUUUAUGAGUGAUUUUAUAUUAGCGAACAAAAUGUGUUGGUGAAAACACACUAAAUUGUGUCAAAUUGAUGUAAAUUUUUUAAACUUUUAUAGUUUUUUUGUCUCCAUAAAAAAAGUUCGUAUCUUUACCCUUUUUUUGUGUAGGUAGUCUUUUAUUUACUUGCCCCUUAAAAUUAGCAAAUUAAAUAUUUGUUUUCUUAUUUUCUCCUUAUCUGACGUUCGAUAUUAUAUCAAUAUUUUUCGAUGAGUGCUUGUGUCAAAAAUAAUUAUAGCAGCUGUACUACAUUUAUGAUAGACAGAUAGUUACGUGAUACGUGAAUAAUAAUUGCAAAACCAAGGGUUUUUUGCUAGCAUAUUUGCUUUACCCAACCUUCACCUUAAAAUAAAAGUGUUGUCUAGUGUUUAUCUAGUCUUAAGUGUGCAAAGUGCCAAUUCUAUAUUUAAGUGAAUGCUGCCGUUUUAGUUCACAGUUAUUAAAAAAUAAUAAUUCGCGCAACUCACUAUCAAUUUGAAAUUGUGUGUGUUCGGGGGAAAAAGUUCAAGAUUAGGGCGCCAUUUGUCGAUCAUUGUGUGCGCUCCAACCUAAUUGAUUAAUCCGAAUUCGAAAUCACCACCGCCUUCGGUUCAUCAGAAAUCAGAUCACGAUAUCGCGCCACGGUUCCUUGCGCGGCGCUCGCACAGCAAUAAGACAUCACACACAAGUUGUCGCUGUCGUCGUUUGAAUCCGUGAAAUAUUUGCCAACUUAAAUUUUUUUGUGGUUAUUCGUCGUCGUCGACAAUAAAUCAAAGACAACGACGUCAUGGUGGCAUAUAGCACGCCAUCAAUUCGAAUAAUGAAUGAUCCCCUCAAGUCACCAUCAUUGUCAACAAACGUGCAAUCAAUCGGACGAAAUUGAAUAAAAACUUCCAAAUACAAAAAUCAAAAUCAAAAUCGAAAAAGAAACAAAGUGACGGAACGGGACAGACAACAAAAAAAAAAACGUCUUGGAAAACAGCCAAUUAGGAGCACACCUUUUUCCUUUUUCGGGAUCGAUAUAUAAUACCUGAGUCUGUUGAAUCUCAAAACGAUAGCGCGCGAAGCAAAAAAACCAAAACAAAAACAGUGCAAAAAAAUAACCAUAAAUUUAAGAGCCAGAGCGCCAACAUUCCAAAUAUGGAAAUCAUUAAAAUUUAGGUUAAAGGGGUUGAAAAAGUUGAGGCUGAAAAAAAUCGUAUCUUUCGUCUCUUUGAGAUUCGCAAACUUCUCUCAAUAUAUUCUUCAUAGAUAAAUCGGGAACGGGAUCAGUGUGCCUUAGAGAUGAAUGUUGAUGGGUUUAUACUGAAUUUGAAUAUUUAGAUUAGGGACCAAAAAAAAAAGAUAUAUUUUUCCUUCUUUCGUUAAGAGAAGAAAAAAAAACUUGAAUUUUCUCAUCAAAGAUCCUUCCUCAAGCCAAACGUAACCACGUCGUCAACCAUCCAAAGUCACCGCCGAUAAGAUGUCACAUUAUAGUACGACAAAGCGAAAACGUCACAACCAUUGUUGUGGGAGUAUCAGCUUGAUCAAGUGUAUGCUGCAUAUCUUUAACAUUGUCUUUCUGAUGUCAGGAGUAGUUGUUUAUGGUGUUGCUAUGUGGACGAUAUUUUGGAAAUUACAUUAUGCUCCAUUAUUAGUUUCGAUAGCAUAUCAAGUUGGUACAUAUGGAUUGGCAGUUGCUGGAGCAUUAGCAAUUAUUGGUGGUUUCCUUGGAUGCUUUGGAAUAUUUUAUGAACAGAAAGUUAUUAUUUUGUUUUACACAUUCCUGCUAGUUCUAGUCUUCUUGCUUGAGCUGAUAAUCGGUGGUCUAGCAUAUUUUUACGAAACCCAACUCGAAGACGAAUUGAAAAGGACUCUCAAUAAAACAUUUGCUUCAAGUUAUGGUAUUGAUGAGAGUCGAACAGUUGCAAUUGAUCGAAUGCAACAAGAGUACAAAUGUUGUGGUGCCAUUCGUUUUGAGGAUUGGAGAUCCAGCGAAUGGUUAUCGAGCAAUCGAACAGAUAUAAUUCGGCCAACAAAUGGUCGAGUUGUACCCGAUUCCUGUUGUGUUACCCUCAUGGAUAAUUGUGGACUUCGGGAUCAUCCGAGUAAUAUUCCCUAUACGGGUUGUAUCUAUCAAUUUUCUGACGAAAUGCGCCGACAUCUAAUCAUUCUUGGAGCUGUUGGUCUAGGCAUUUGUUUAAUUCACAUUAUCGGAAUGAUUUUGUCAUGUUGCUUGUAUGUGAAGCUAAAAGAUCCAGAUGAUUGACAAUUACCUGCGGCUCGGGUCUACGAUUCAAGUUUCUUGAAUGAUUUUAGACCUGAGUCGCAGUUUUUGCCAACCAGCAGCACACCAAUAAAUACUGCCACUACGUCAGAUGAUAUAAGUCUUAUUUAUGGCAAUGGUACAAUGCCGCGAACAACAACGUGUCCGGUGCACACGACGACGACGACAAAAAAGCGAAUACGUUUUGCUAACGGUACAAAUGGUGUAGGAAGUAGCAGCAAUAGUAUCAGUCGUUAUAAUGAUUCAAAUAUAAUGGAUGAUAGUAUACAUCCGAUGGAUGUGAGCUUAUAGGAAUUCGAAAAAAUAUAUAGAAAUCUGUCGGUAGUGUAGAUUUCAUUGUUUUAAUUUAGAAAAAAAAGCCAUAUCGGACGCAUAUACGUUUGUUGAAAAUUUUUGCUAUUUAUAAUUUUUGUUGCGUCACUCAAUUUGUAUAAAUUUUCUUCUUAACACUUUUUUUGUAAAGUAUAAAAAAAUAAAAAAAAAACACACACACACACUUAAUUGUCAAUGUGAUAUUUAAUUUUAAAUUAUAAUUUUAAUGUUUGUAAAUUUUGUGUUUUUAUAGUUUUUAAGAAUAAAUACGAAUAUAGUCAUAAAUGUUAUUAAAAAAAAUUAUAAGAGAUGCAUAUUUUGUAAAAAAAAAUAAAAAGAUUAAUUUAUCUAGACCAUCAGUACUUAAAACAUUUUUAAUCUCCAAUUCACCAGUAAAGUAACCAAUUGAUUCUAAAGAUAUAAAUUGUUAAGUAAAAAUAAUUCAUAAUUUAGAAUAGU